CACAACAACCACUCUUUGAUCAAUAAACCCAGGUGUAUUGCAUCGAAUCGACAUCGAUCAUCUAACACACUUAUCCCCAUUCAUCAUGCCACUGCUGACCAUACUGAAGAUCUGUCAUUUCCAGUGUCAGGGGUUCGUCGUCGCGUCGCGUCCUGUCAUCCAUGCGUCACAUUAAGUACCAUGAACACCAGAAGUCAAGACUGUCAGCACCACAACUGCGACCCGGUCAACGUGUUGAGCAUCACAUACAUCACAGAGACCUAUUUCAAGCGAAGUGGGAAAGAUGGCUUCAGUGAAGUACGUACGCCGGCGGAAUAUCACGACGGCCCCUCCGCGUCGAGUCAGCACCAGAAUGGCCUCGAGGCAAACAACAGCCACGAAGACCCUAAACAACCCGGAAGGACCAGCUCAAUCCAAACCCAGGAUCGGGAACAAGACAGCACCCAAAGCCGACACUAAAAUCAGGAACUUGGCAAUCGCAGGGGUACCAAGGUCGCAAGACUAUCUUGAUUCGGAUGAACUAACCGGAUGGAAAUACUACUCGUCGACAAAAUCAGUCGACAUACUUACCCGCCGCCCUGCUGAUGGCUCCAAACGACUCGUCUCGGAGAGGCUCAUCCAGCAAAGGGAGGUUAUUGCCACGGCCGUUAGAGGCCGAUAUGUAGCCUUCCGGGCACACGAGUCAUCCGGCCGGCGGCCGGACAGCUAAUGUUCCGACACAUACUUACGAAAAAAACGCGUCCGAAGCUGUGGUUGUCGCUUCACGAAGUUUGGGGCCCAGCGCUUCCCAACCGGAGACGCAUCGCGGUCGGCAAGCAGUCGAUUGGCCAUUUCUUCAACACCACUGAUCCGGGGAGGAAAUGAUCGGGACUCCAGGUCGAGAAUGUAUUCAACUAGCUUCUCCUCUUCAAGCAGCGUUAAAUUCCGUGAUUUUGGUAUGAUGUCGCGUCGCGAAGGUUUUCCAUCAAGUCGGUCGCGUAAUGUCGUAAAGGGUUUUGAAUAGAUCCGUGCUGCAGCUCGAAUACUAAGAUUUGGGCUGUUUUUGAUCGCUUGGACCGCUAGGAUCAAUUGCGCUUCUUUGUUUGAUGACGACAUUCUUUAUGGUCGAUGGACGUGUGUUGAAAGUGGGAAGAUGGUAUGAUCGCAGUUGGGUGAUCGACUCGCUUGUCUGAUCGACUCGCUUAUCAACCACGUUAGUCAAUUGAAAUGCCUGGUUAUCAAACCCCUUUUGCACUUUUCUAGAUAGGUGACGAAUAGUAUGGGUCAGCGCUCGAAUCAAUUCAAGCAGAUCAAAUCCGGUCCCCUCGCUUGACUGUUUGACGGCCUUAACGCGCUUGGUUUGGCUGUUUGGCUUCUGAUUGCUUGAUUUGAUCUAAUUACCUAAUCGGGAAAUCAGUGAAGUUAUCGCGAUGUUUCCUAAUGGCCUAUACUUACAUAUACUGAAGUUGAGUGAAUGUAGUUGGCCCUCCAUUACCUUCUGGCGUAAAACUGCCCCCCUAUUGUAAUUGAGCCCCCACGCAGCCAGUUCUGAAGGCACUGUGCCUCCUCUAACGUUUGUGACUUCAUCGACAGCCUCUGUGACGUCAACGUAAGCUUAGCGAGGCUAAAUGCCCUCUCACAGUCUGUUGCCAUCGCAGGGAUAGCGAAUAUAUCGAGGGCAAGUCGACUAAGAGUUGGAAAGGUCUUGCGAUGUGAAAUCCACCAUUGGACUGGGUUAUCGACUGGCUGGGCGAUAGUCUGACGAUAAUAUUGAUCCAACUCAGAGGCCUCGUUAGCAGCAACCUGAUGGGCUCGAUUAUUGAGCCAUUGAGUCUACCCAGAGUCUUCGACACUUGGCGUGGUCGAGAUUGACGUAAACGUGCCUUGGGAACUCGUCGCCGCAGGCGAAGGCAUAGUCCUGUUGACGUACCAUCGCUGCCAGUACUCGUAAAGACCUUCUUUUGCUUCAAGGAUCCAAGUUCGUGACUGUAGCGUAUUCCAUCGCUUCUCC